GUAUGAUGUCAGCCUCCUGCAAGAGCUGCAUCUGAGAAUACAUAUAAAAUGAACGAUCUUACAAUAGUUACUCAUUCGUUAGUUUGUGCUCAAGACGAAAACUAAACAUCAUGCUCAAAUACGCAACAAUCUUCUGCGUGGUCGCCGCUCUGUGCGCUGGCGCACCCCAGAAUCCCCAAGAUGUCCAAAUUUUACGAUUUGACAGCGAUGUUCAGCCUGAUGGAUACAGUUUUGCGUAUGAGACCAGUGACGGCACUUCCAGGCAAGAGGAAGGCAAACUGGACAACCCACAGUCCGAGAACGCUGCUCUCACCGUCACAGGCCAAUACGCCUACGUAGCCCCUGAUGGCAAGCACUACACGGUCACUUUCACCGCUGGCCCCAACGGAUUCCAACCGAAAACAUCUCUCGGACAAAAGUAGACAAUACCCCUGGGACCAUAGAAUAACGUCACCUGAAUGAUACAUCGUUUUGAGAAAAAUUAUCGAUCUCAGUUAUUUCAUAACGCCUGCACAGAGAACUCGGAACUAUCAUUGUAUCUAAAUUCUUGUGCCAUAAGAUACAUUUCAUA